UUUUGACACCACCAGUAUUUUCGCUUUCCACAACUCUUCCGGUGCUGUGGAAUAGAAUGUUUGAGCAAGUUCGGCAAAGACGGAACUCAAGUCGAGGAAUGUAUUUCAUUCUUGUUAGUUUCCAUAACAUUUUAUUGUUCGAAGUACUUUUUGCAAUCACUUUCUUGAUUGCAGCUUUCUUGCUUAACCAAAGGUCCUUUUCCCCAUUAUCAUUAUUUUCAACAUUUACUUUCUUUUCCCCAUUAUCAUUAUUUUCAACAUUUGCUUUCUUUUCUUCAAUAAUUUCAAUUACAUCAGGCUUUGCCUCUUCAUUCUUAACUAAGUUUGGGGAAGCUGGGUUGGACAUGUUUUUUUUUAAUUUUGCUUUAAAAAUGAAAGAAUGAAUUUCAGGUUCGGAAACUCGAGUAUUUAUACCCAAAAAAAGGGGCGGGGCUUAUCUAUCUUUUUUGCUAUCAUUACACUUUUUAUCGGCGUAUAUAAAGGCAAAGUAUUUCCAUUCAUUAUUCAUUCAUUUAAAAAUAAAUAUUUAUUGCAAAAAAAAAUGUCAACUCUCUUGGACAAAAUUUCAAAAAUUCUGGAUUGUACUC